GCAGGUAUUGGGUAUAGGUACCUCUUACUCAACCCGUUACUUUAGGUUAGGUACUUACUGUAGUUACGGAAGAGAGCCUUGCGCAAAGCCCACAUUGCACAUUCCUACAUCUCUCCUCUCUCUCUCUCUCUUUCUUUUUCUUCUUUUUUUUUGAAAAAAAAAAAGACCUUUUUCUACUACCCCUAACUUGGAAGACUUAUAAAUCUCCUCAAGCUUUUCUCUAUUGUGUCAUGAUUAUAGUACCUCAUGAGACGUUUCCUACGUAUUAAUUGCACGGGAAACGGAUAGAGAUAUACAUACCAGGUACCUAGCUUAAAACGAAUUAUACCCCGCGAAAGUCCUCUUUAUAUACAUAUUGAGAGAACAUGGAUAACUACGAAAUAUGCUAUGGCACACUGUAUGAUGCCGUUGCACAAGUGAAAAUAAACAAAGUGCCCCGAGAUAUCAAUGGAGCUUUCAUGGCAUUUCCGCUACGGCAAAAAGAUCAUUACUAUGUUCUCUUGUCUCAAGACGGUACUGAGUUCGGUAUCUUGGACACACGAAGCAGCUUAAGCUUGAAGAGUCUAGAUAACUACCAAAUGAUCCGGUUUGAAGCCGUAGUUUCAGCGUCAUAUUUCACUAAGCGCCGACGGAAAGGAUCGUCGGGUCCAUCAUUAUAUCCAUUGUCAAUAAACAUAUUUGGGUUAAAGCCAACGGCUACUGAUGUAGCAUAUAGCUUGUCGAAGGCCUCUGCAUAUCUCCAACACCCCGAGUCAUUGGAAAAAGAGGCAAUAUACGAAAAUCCACAGUUUCUAACAUUUAGCGACGAGAAUCAGAGUAUGAAUGGACUCAUUGGUACGGGUAAUCGCAAUGUACCAAAUUCACAAACGAAUAUCUCAGGCGAGAUAAACAAUAUCCUUGAGUCAUUAACAAAUGUCAACACAGAUGAGGACAUAGGACUACCUACAGCAUUGCACUCAAAAUUAAAACGACAUCAAGAAGACGGUUUACGUUUUAUAUAUCAGCGUGAAAACGAAACAGUAGCUCAGAAACUCUCAGCACAAGUAUGCCACAAUGCUUCGAUUAACUCAAAAUCGUUGCAAAUUGCAUCUUUUGGGGGACUGAUCGCGGAUACGAUGGGACUUGGAAAGAGCCUUACUAUGCUUGCGGCGAUUUUAGGCUCGGUGCCAGCCGCGGAACUUUUCAGCAGCUUUUACAACGAAGCUGAGAGCGAUUGUACAGGAAAGUACCGCACAAAAGCAACUCUAAUAGUUGUACCAUCGUCUCAACUUCUCGAGAGCUGGCAAUCUGAGAUACAAACUCACAUUGAUCCUGGGAUGCUUAGCUUCAUUUCCUUCCACGGGAAAGGGCGUCCUCGAGACAAAGAGACUUUGAAUCUGUAUGAUAUAGUAUUGACCACAUAUGCAACACUCGCUGCCGACUACGCCGAUCAAGGUAUUCUCCACCAAAUGCAGUGGUUUCGUGUGGUAUUAGAUGAAGCUCAUUUUAUCAAGAAUUCCAAUACAAGACAGUUCCGGGCGUCGGCGACGCUAUACACCACAAGAAGAUGGUGUCUUACAGGAACUCCUAUUCAAAAUAAACUGGAAGACCUGGCCUCUUUAGCACAAUUCCUACGACUUCCAAAUACGGAGACUAAGGCGGCUUUUCAAAGACAUAUUCUAAGUCCACUUUCCGAAGGCGGCGUGGAUUUUGCGAAGCCUCUCCGAGCUUACCUUGAAGCUUACUGUCUCCGUAGAAGCGAAAAGUGUCUGAAUUUGCCGAAGUCUUCUCACGAGAAUGUAAUGCUGAGCCUUUCACCAGAAGAGCGACGCUGUUAUGAUAAUCUUCUAGACGAAACUAGACGGCAAAUUGAUUCGCUCGUUAGUAAAAGAAUCGAGAUGAGGACCAGCAAACUAUUCACGGCGAUGCUGAAGUUACGCAUACUUUGCAACCUAGGAACAUUCCGUCCGACCUGCAAUGAUACCUCCCUAUCAGAACUCGAACAGUCCUAUCCUGAAAUUGGAUGUGAAUACUGCAAGUCUUCGAGCGAGGAGAUGCGUUUACUUCUUGAUGGGUGUUCGGCAUGCUCCUACUGUGGAAAGCCGCUAUAUCGGCCUAGUUCCAGCCUCAAGCCAAGCUCAGGGCUGAGAAGCGAUGCAGGAAGUAUUAGCGACGGUGCAAACACCCCCUACCGAGAACUAAGUCAAACCCCAAUGGAGCAGAGAGAUCUCUAUCCUGGAAAGGGAUAUUCUACGAAACUGUUUGCCGUUGUUCAAAACGUGGCAAGGGGCGACGCGGACAACAAGAGUAUUGUAUUUUCGUACUGGACAUCAACUUUGAAUAUCCUGCAGCAACUAUUCAACCAGGCAGGGAUUUCAUGUCGGCAAAUAGAUGGUAAAGUAAGCCCAGUCGAAAGGUCUAUACGCCUUAGAGCUUUCAAAGAAGAUCCCCAAAUCCGUGUUCUUCUUAUGUCGAUAGGUACCGGUGCAGUCGGAUUGAACCUCGCCGUCGCCAACCAAGUUCACAUAGUCGAACCUCAGUGGAACCCUUCGGUGGAAGAACAGGCGAUUGCGCGAGCUUUGCGUAUGGGCCAGACCAAAGAGGUCGAGAUUUUUCGAUAUGUCAUGGAGAAGACAGUAGAGCAGAAUAUCGUCAGCCUUCAAAGGAAGAAAAAACAUCUCGCAAAGUUUACUUUUGAUGCCGGAACAGAAGAAACCCAAUCAGGGGCACUUGAUGAUAUCAAGUUCGUGUUGGACAUGGGCUCUGCCUAGACAGGGGGCUGAGAAUGAUAGCCGAUGCCUAGUCUUCGCUGGCGCUGACCGCUCAAAUUCGGGGGGAACGGCUCAUAGCCGGUCAGAUUACAAUCAAGCCUCAACAACAUAUCAAAUUAACAUCGUGCUUUCCCCAUACUUUCUCUUAAUUUCAAUGGAUAUCUGAGAGAAAAGGACUCUGUUGACUGAAUCUAUUAAUGACCCCUUUCUGUUCAGACGUAAGGUCACUACACCCGUCAAUGUGCCCAGGGUCUGAUAAGCUGUUCUCAAUUGGAUAUGCCCCCUUAGUAAUAUUACCAAUCGUGAACGUAACAUACC